CUACAAAAGCUCGUUAAACAGUUCACUCCGGUUUCUCUCAGCAAGCUUAUGUAAAGUUCUUAACAGAUUCAAAAAUGUCUGCUCUCGUUUUUCAGUUUGGUGUUUUUUUAAAUAUUUUGAUUGACGCAACUCCCUAUUGAUUUAAUGUUUAAAUUUGAAGUAUUGUUUUAACUUUUAGUAGCAGUAGGAAAAAUAGAAGAAAAAGGAGCAUUUAGUUUAUCAAAAAAUGCGACCGCUUUUGCUGUUGUUUUUUAUCGUAACAUCAAGUUUUUCAGUCAUCUUCGCCCGUGUUUGGCAUGAAGAACAAUUAAGAUUAAUUAAAACUCAAGAUGUUGGCGCUGAAAUAAAAGAGUUUUCAAAAAAGUUAAACGAGAACGGAGAAAAACUCGAUUUUGAAAUAAAAGACUCUAAUGAUGAAGAAAACAGUGAUGAAGAUGAAAACUCUGAAAUUGAGCUUGAUAAAGAUGAAAAUCUAGAUGAGAGUGAGAUUUCUGAAAACACAAAAAACAGCGAGGCAGUAAAUUCACAUGGACACCAUCAUCAUUUACGACGCCAUCAUCAUAAGCGUCGUCACCAUCAUGGUAAACGAAAACAUCAUCAUCGCAGACACCACCAUCACAGUAAACAUCAUCAUCAUCAUCAUCGCAGACACCACCAUCAUCAUCAUCAUCAUGGAAACCAUAGCCAUCAUGGAAAUCACAGCCAUCAUCAUCACCAUGGCAACCAUAGUCACCACAAAAACAAAUCUCAUGAGGAAAUACCCAAUUCAGAAGAAAUUGUUUUAGAAGAAAAUGAGCCAGUAUUUGAAAAUGAUAAUCCAGUCCAAUAUGAGGAAAAUAAGGAAAACUUUAGUGAAAACAGCAAAGAUGAAGAACAUGAUAACGAAAAAGAUGAUGAUGAUGAUGAGAAAGAUGAACAUGAUUUUAAGAAAGACUCUGAUAAUGAAGACAGUAGUGAUGAAGAUGAAAGUUAUGAAAUUGAACUAGGUAAAGAUAGUAAUCUAGAUGAGAGUGAGAUUUCUGAAAACACAAAAAACAACGAGGCAGUAAGUUCAUAUGGUCAUCAUCAUCAUAAACGGCGCCAUCAUCAUAAGCGUCGUCACCAUCAUGGUAAACGAAAACAUCAUCAUCGCAGACACCAUCAUCACAGUAAACAUCAUCAUCACCACCAUCAUGGAAAGCAUAGACACCACCAUCACCAUCAUCAUCAUCAUGGAAACCAUACCCAUCAUGGAAAUCAUAGCCAUCAUCAUCACCACCAUGGCAACCAUAGUCACCACAAAAAUAAAUCUCAUGAGGAAAUACCAGAUUCAGAUGAAAUUGUUUUAGAAGAAAAUGAGCCAGUAUUUGAAAAUGAUAAUCCAGUCCAAUAUGAGGAAAAUAAGGAAAACUUUAGUGAAAACAGCAAAGAUGAAGAACAUGAUAUUGAAAAAGAUGAUGAUGAUGAGAAAGAUGAACAUGAUUUUAAGAAAGACUCUGACGAUGAAGACAAUAGUGAUGAAGAUGAAAAACAUGAAAUUGAACUAGGUAAAGAUGGAAAUCUAGAUGAAAGUGAGAUUUCUGAAAUCAAAAAAAUUGACAAAGCUAUAAGUUCACAUAGACAUCAUCAUCAACGACGCCAUCACCAUAAGCGUCGUCACCAUCAUGGAAAACGAAAACACCAUCAUCGCAGACAUCAUCAUCACAGUAAGCAUCAUCAUCACAGACAUCAUGGAAAACAUCAUCACCAUCAUCAUCACGGAAACCAUAGCCAUCAUGGAAAUCAUAGCCAUCAUCAUCAUCACCAUGGUAAUCAUAGCCACCACAAAAAUAAGUCUCAUGAAGAAAUAUUUGAUUCAGAAGAAGUUGUUUCAGACGAAAAAGAGCCAGAAGAAUUUGAUGAGAACGGUGAACAAGAUAAAAAAGUGAGAGAUUACCAGGAAGAUGAUAACAGCAAGUUUGAUGAAAGCAUAGAAGAAAGUAGCGAUCAAGAUCAUCAAGAGCAUCAUAGACGUCGUCAUCAUCAUAACAGACCCCACAAUCAUUCAAAACGCAAACAUCAUUGUAAGCAUAACUACCGUCAUCACAAAAAGUCUGACAAGAGGGAAGACUUGGAAGACAAAUCAAAAACCUCCGAGGAUAACACAGAAGUUUCUGAUUUUAAUCAAGAAGAACGUAACUUUGGAUUGCCAACAUUUUAAAAAAUGUUACGUAAAAGAACUUUUUUUUAUUUAAAACACAUUUUACAGAAUUUUUAUUUGUUGUUAAUUUUUGUAUCAUUAAUCAAUGUAUUAUAACUUUACAACCUC